GGUUGCUGUGAGUUCGGCUGAUGCCAUGGCACUCUAGCCUGGGGCCAUACAGUGAGACCCUGCUUUAGAAAAAUAUAAAAGAAGUUCUUGAACCUGCAUUGCAGACAUAUAGCCCUUUAAACAUAGCUCCCUGAUAUCACUAUGGGCAAUAUGAGGCCAAUAGGAGGCUAGGCCCAGGGGUGUGUGGGCCAGGCUGCAGGUGCCACCCUUGCAUCCUCCUCUGCUCCAGGUAUUCCUGACGUCACCUACUGAGGUGGCUAAGGUGCGCCUGCAGACGCAGACCCAGCAGCGGCGGCCCUCAGCCUCAUGGCCCUCAGCUGUGCCCCCCAUGUAUUCUGUACCCUCUGCAUGUCCAGUGCCCAAGUACCGAGGGCCACUGCACUGCUUGGCGACAGUGGCCCAUGAAGAGGGGUUAUGUGGCCUCUACAAAGGGAGUUCGGCCCUGCUGCUCCGGGAUGGCCACUCCUUUGCCACCUACUUCCUCUCCUAUGCCAUCUUCUGCGAGUGGCUCACCCCUACUGGCCACAGUCAGCCAGAUGUCCUGGGUGUACUGGCAGCAGGAGGCUGUGCAGGGGUCCUGGCCUGGGCUGUGGCCACCCCCAUGGAUGUGAUCAAGUCACGCCUGCAGGCAGAUGGGCAGGGCCAACAGCGCUUCCGGGGCCUCUUGCAUUGCGUGGUGACCAGUGUUCGUGAGGAAGGGCUGAGGGUCCUUUUCAAAGGGUUGGCACUUAACUGCUGCCGUGCCUUCCCUGUCAACAUGGUGGUCUUUGUUGCCUAUGAGGCCGUGCUGAGGCUUGCCCGGGACCUGAUCACUUAGCUUGUUCUAACACCCCAGCAGCCAACCCAUCAGCAGCUGCCAGAGGUCAUAGUAGCUGGAGGAGGCAAAGGGGACUGUUGCUGGGGUUGGGACCCCCACAAGGCCACCAACCAGGAUAGCUGGGGGCCUCCCUAUGCCAGUGAGCUGAGGCCUAAGCUUGGCCUGCCUAGCCACUGACCACAAGAAGGUCCAGGGGCUGAAGUGCCAUCCACUCAAGGUUGGUCUGAGGAUCACGUGAGCUGGGGAGGAGUGGGCCUUUGUUAUGAGUGCAGGUCACGUGGUUAGUUGUUAGUUCUAGCUUCCCUAUGGCCUCUUCCCCUAUCCAUAUCUUCAGAGCACCUCUCCAUUGGCUCAGCUGUAGGCUCAGCCAUCCUUUCCCCCAUGCCACCUCCUCUCCCCCCACUGCCAUUUCCUGUGCUUUUCAUGCACUGUCACCUCCAAGGUAGGUGCAGCUAGUCUCCCCACCAGCCUGGGGGCUGUAGUGAGCCUGAGCCAGGUUGGCACCAUGUAUCUGGCUAAUUUGUUCCUAUACCAGGCUGCUCUGGGCACUGCCAGGACAGCCAUGCCCACCUGGGCUUUGGCUUUGGCAGGGGCCUGGAAUCUCCAUCGUUGCCUGGCUGGGGAACUAGGUGUACUUUCAGUGCAUGCACUUGCCCAUGAAGACACCAAAGGCCCAUUUGGAGCUGUUGUAAAUAAAAGGUUUCUGAGGUUUCUGAAGCAUCUCA